AUGAAGUGGAUAUACGGUAGAAUGUCAGUUGUUCUGUUGGAAAUGCCUGUUGUUCAUCGGAGAACGGGCGAUAAGUUGAGUCAGUUGGAGACUGACGUUGAGCUACACAAGAGAAUUGUUGCGGCUGCUGAACGACUUGCGAAAGACAAAACAAUGAAUAAGAGCGUGAGGAAGAAGAGACAAAAGGAUUUCCAUGCGGCUGCAAUGAAACUGCGUGGGCUGGAGUUGGGACUGAAUCAAAUGCGCUUGAGCGCUAGCAAACCGGAUGUUAGUUCGAUGGAGAGCAAUGGGAAUGGAGGCUCCUGGUCGGCAUUCCCUCAGCAGAACAAUGGCACAACGUUGACUAGAGCAGUGGCAAAGUCCUGUCCAACGACACCAAGGGGAUCUGUGCCUGAUCUCUGUACGGAUAAUGAAAAGAGCGAUUAUGAAGAAGAUGAACCAGUUCAGCGGAGGCAGCCCAGCAAUGCGAAUUCUCGACGCUCGCUAAAUCAGCGUUUCUCGGAAGCGUCAACGUCUAGCAAUGGUUCAAUUGGUCUGCCACCAAGGGCGAAUUCUCGUCGCAGUACCACGACUCGAUCCAUAACCAGUGACGAACUCGAUAACCCUCUAAUUAAUGCUCAACAACCCUCUACAGAACAAGCACCUAUAUAUGAAAACAUUGGUUAUCGAUCGACAUCGUACCGUAGCAGUUAUCGACAAGCGCACUAUCCAACACUCCAGGAUGAACAGCAUCUCCGGAAGAGGGCAUUAUCGGCUCAUUCCAUUUCACAAACUGAUGUGCCCAACAGCGCUUGUUACAAUAUCCGGUUAGAGAAUGCGACGUUCCAAUUCAAGCAGGAAGCGAAGGCGACGAACAUCCCUGAGGAUGACGACAUUACCCCGACGAUUGAGCAUCCUGAACCAUUACGACGUAUUCCGACAAGUUUCUCUUGCCAGGCAGGAUUCUCGACAGCCAGCCUCGAUCGAAGGGUUGUCGUACAAAGUCCGGUCCCUUAA